AUGGAGAAAUCCAAAAACUUUCGAAUUGAUGCGCUGCUGGCGCACGACGUGGACCAGAGGACGGACACGGACAGUGCGUCCCCCGGGCUGUAUCACAGCAGGAGCCCCGGAGACAGCCCGCUGUCGACCGGCGGCUCAGAGACGCCCUCCUCCCCUCAUCCAAACUCCUCAAACUCGUCUCCGGCGCAGUCUGAAGUCCUCUCCAAGUCUCAUCUCUUCAACCUGUCCCAGUCGGCAUUCCCUGCCCUGCAUCAGGUGGGUCUCAUCGGAAUGCACCCGAGCUCUGUGUAUCCCGUGGCGGCCCUCGGAGGCCAGCACACCGCCUUCAUGUACCCCGGCUUCACGCAGCUGGUCCAUCCGUAUCCGGAGCAGCUGAAGGGGGUCACCGGGACGCUCCCACUGGAGCCUUGGAUCAGAGCCGGGAUAAUGAUGCCCAGACUCAGAGAGUAUAACGCACCAUCUCAGACAGGUUUGUUGGGGAAGUGUCGGAGGCCCAGAACAGCUUUCACCAGUCAGCAGCUGCUGGAACUGGAAAACCAGUUCAAGCUCAACAAGUACCUAUCCAGGCCUAAACGGUUUGAAGUGGCCACCUCGCUCAUGCUAACAGAGACUCAGGUUAAGAUCUGGUUCCAGAACAGGCGGAUGAAGUGGAAGAGAAGUCGCAAAACUAGGGAACAAGUAACUCCAAGCAGCCUCGCGGACAGAGAAAGAAGCGGGAUGGAUUUGAAGAGUAUCAAACGUCACGGUGGCUCUCGCACUUUGAGCCUAGAGGAUGAGGAGGAGAUAGCAGGGGAACACGAGGAUGAGAAAGAGCAGAUAAAAGAGCUGAGAGAAAGUUCCUUUGGCUCUGUUGGGUUCACGAGGCAUUCAGGAGGAGAAAUGGCAAACUACAACUCUUACUCAGAGGAGGAGACUGAGGAGGGAGGCCCAGGAACAAAAACUGGGGCUUUCCCAUCAUAA